AAAUAAGAAAAAUGUCCUUGAAUUUAUGUUUUAUAUAAUUUAUACUUCAAUUUCCUGUCUUCAUCAUGAUAUCUUUUGUUCUUAGACGAGCAAAUGAAUAAAAUUGAAAAAGGAUUUUGCCCAAAGUCAUUUUAUAACGGAUCAACAAAAAAAGAAUUCAUUCAUCAACUCUGCAAAAAACGUCUUAGACAUGAGCGAGAGAAAGAGUUUAAAAAAAGACCUUUACCAAAUGCUCAUCAAUACUUUAGAUGUUUUUCUGAACGCAAUGUUUGGAGAUGGUUUCCAAGGCAACAAGAAGCUAUAAGCUAUUGUAUUUUGUUAAAGGAGCCAUGUUUUUCACUGUUUGCGUAUGAAAAAAGUAAUGGAAAGAGAAAAUACCUUGUGACAACCUGUAAACAAUUUUGGGCCAAAUAUGAGUUAAUGGAGAAGAGGUAUUUUCAUUUUUAUGAAGUUAUUCGCGAGUGCAAGCCAUGUCGUUUGUACUUUGAUAUUGAAUUUAAGACAGAAUUAAAUGAAAAUUUGAAUGGAAUAAGUGUUUUAAACUUUUUCAUUGAUAUUGUUUGUAAAUGUUUAUUUGAAGCAUUUGGAAUUGAAUGCACACGUAAUGACGUAGUUGAUUUAGAUUCAACAACUGACAGCAAGUUUUCUAGACAUCUUAUCUUUCAUUUCAAGGACAGUACAUAUUUCAGAAACAAUAUUCAAUGUGGAGAUUUUGUUAAAGAUGUUUGUUUUGCUCUUCGGUCAUAUGUAGAAACUGGCAAUCCAAAUAAAUAUUUUCCACACAUUUUUAAUGCAUGGCCAGAAUAUAACAACACAUGUGCUGAUGACAUUAAAGUGAAAUUGAAAAAACUACUUGUAGCAAGUGAUAACGGGCCAACAUUUCUAUGCGACUUGUCAGUGUAUUCGAAAAAUCGGAAUUUUCGGUUGUACAGAUCCAGCAAAGUUUCAAAACAUGUCCCUUUGUGUAUUGCUAAAGAAAAUGAAUACAAAUUUAAGACACAUUUAACAGCUAUUGAACGAGAAGUAUACAGAAUUAAGAAUCGAACCUUUGAUGCAGAUUAUCAGAAGUUUUCGGAUACUUUAGUGUGCCCAUUUAUUGAAGAUAUUCAUAAUGUCAACCUACUGAAUUUUGGUGAUGAUGGUGCAAAGGUUUCGAAGUACAGUCAAAAUCAAUCUGCAUAUACAACGUCGAAAGAAUUUGAAGAAGGUUCUCAGAGGACUCAUUUCCCCACUUUGGAUAUUUUUGUUCUCAAACAAGCCAAUAAGCAUGGUGAAAAAAGUAUUAUUCGAAGGUGGAUGUUUUACCGAAAGAGUCAAAUGAUGAUAUACGAUAUUGGAGAGAAUCGGUGGUGUGGAAAUAUACAACGACAACACAAAAGCAAUCAUGUUUAUUAUGUAGCUGAUUUAAAACUCUGCGUGCUGUAUCAAAAAUGUCAUGAUCCUGAUUGCAUAAACUAUAGGUCUGAAGAUGUAAGAAUUCCUGAUGAAGUCAAUCCGGCCAUUGAAGAGGACAACAUUGAACAGUUUGAUAUCUCUGGUGAUGAAGAACUGAACAAUCUUUUUAAUGUCGAAUUUGAUAUUGAUGAUAACUUGAAUGUAAUUGAAAAUCGUGGCAAUAAAAAAGGUUCAACCACACAGAGCUGUGAAAAUGCUGAAAACAUACCACCUACACCUGCAAAACUUCUUCUUCAAGAAGACACGCUAAUGGAAAAUGAUACUGAAUUUGAUAUAGAUUAUUUAGAUUUUGAUGAUGAAGAUUUUGACAUUGAUAUUUUGCCAGUAAAAGUUAAUCUAAAACCUUUAAAGCAGCAAGAGAAUGUUAAGUUUGAUAAAGAAUUAUCUUCUAACAAAUGCACUGAAGAAACUAAAAACAAUUCAUGUGUUGAUUUAAUUGGAAUAGAUGAUGAUGACGAAGAUUGUGGAGACUCUGCUGAGCUUGGUGGUGAAGUUAACGCAAAUAGAAGCAAUGACGAUAAUAUACCAAGCGAGUAUUUGGUUAGUGAUGAUCUUAGUGAUGACAUAUGGGAAGAAUUUUUUCAGCUUGAAGAUGAUUCACUUCUUCAAGUUUUGUGAAUAAAUAUUUUUAAUGCGUUUUAGAUUAGAAUGUUUUGUAAAUUUUACUUUAUAUUUUCUGAUAAUCUUUAAAAAACCUUACUGUUUCGGUUUUUGACAAUCUAUAUUAUACGUUUCAUAAGCAUAUAAAUAUAUUUAUGUUAAAAAUGCAA